AUGGCACGGUCGCUUGGUAUAAGGCGAGAUAGAGAAUAUUGGCUAAAUCAAAUAUUGAUAGAAAUACAGAUGAACGGAGUGAGUAAAUUGGGAGAGAUAAGGGAAGAUAUACAACGACGAAUUGGAGAACAAAGAAGCACGGCGACCGAGGAUGAAGAGAGACACGCAAGGGAGAUUGCUGAAAAUGAUAGAUUGUACAAAGCUAUAUGUGAUAACAAAUGGGAAAUUGCAAAAGCAUUGUUAGAGGAAAAGCCAAAUGCCUUAACCUCAAAGAUUACUGCUUCAGGCAAAACACCAUUUCAUGUGGCUGCCUUGUUUGGUCAUGCCAACAUAAUGGAAGAGUUGCUGAAACUGUUAGAGGAUCCAGAAUUCCUAGAAACUGUUGAUGAUAUUGGCUCCACGCCACUCUUAAUUGCCAGUGUCACCGGAAUCACUCAGGUUGCCAAAUGCCUAGUGGACAAGAAUCCCUACCUACUGGCCAUUCCAAGCUACUUAACAUGCGAACUUCCGGUUACAUCGGCUUUUCGCAGUGGUCAUCAUGAAAUGGGACGUUAUCUUUAUUCUCAAACUCCAUUGGAAUACCUCCAACCCCGCUAUUUUGGUCAUCCUCUUGGCCCUACUCUUCUUCGUUAUUGUUUGCAAACACAAUGUUUCGACAUCGCUCACCACUUGCUUAGUCAAUGCCAAGAAUUGCUUUUUGCGUCUGAUUUCAAAGCUUGGGAGCCAAUUCACAGCAUCGCAACCAUUACUUCCACAAUUCCUAGCCCAACAGAACUUGUCUUCUGGAAACGAUGGAUCUAUGACUAUAUAGAUACAAAUUCAACCCCAAGUUUCCAAAGUGCUUUUUUGCCCAUCCAAAAUGAAGCCGAAGACACAAGGGAAAGAAAACAGGGGAAACUAACAGGGCCAGGAAUCAAGAAAAUAAAAGAGAUGAAGUUACAGCAAGCACAAGCAAAUGAACUUGUUGAUCUACUUUGUAGGAAUGCAAGCAAAAGAGAUGGAAAUAUCACAAGUGCGUUAUUUGUGGCAGCGAAAGAAGGGAAUGUUGAGUUUGUGGUUAAAGUAUCAAAUGCAAAUCCUGAAAUCUUGCUCACCGUGGACAACUCACGUCAAAGCAUUUUCUACCAUGCCAUUGAGCAUCGACAAGCUAGGGUUUUCAACCUUAUCCAUGGGCUUCGCUUCAAGGAUGUCUUUGCUUGUAGCAAAGAUAAUAAUGGAAAUACUUUGCUGCAUGCGGCAGCUGCAAAGGCUCCUGACAUCAUUCUUAACCGCAUCUAUGGACCGGCAUUACAAAUGCAGAGAGAGCUGCAAUGGUUCAAGGAGGUUGAGAGCAUAACGCCUUCAAGCUUUAGGGUACUUCAAAACAAUGAAGGUAUGACAGCUGAAGCAUCAUUUAGACAGCAUCACAGAGAAUUAAUGAAGCAAGGAGAAGAAUGGAUAAAAGAAACAGCAUCUUCUUAUUCUCUUGUUGGCAUCUUAAUUGUCACUAUCACAUUUGCUGUAGUUUUUACUCUUCCAGGAGGAAACGAUCAAAAUUCUGGACUCCCAUUAUUCAUAAAACAACCGAGUUUUAAUGUUUUUAUACUCUCAACCAUAGUAUCCCUUGUCGCUUCCUCAACUUCAGUUCUGAUGUUUCUGGCCAUCCUUACGUCUCCCUUUUCAGAAGAAGCAUUCCUCAAUUUCUUACCUUCAAAGUUGCUUUUCGGUGUUUCUACACUUCUUAUCUCCAUGGUGGCUAUGAUCAUCACAUUUCUCUCCGCCAUUCAUCUCACGCUGAAGCACUCAAACUAUCAUGGGGCUAUGCUUCCCAUUAUUUUAUUCACAAGUGUUCCCAUCUCUUAUUCCCUAUUGUCACUAAUUCCUGUUAUUCGCAAUACUGCCUUUUCUGCUUAUGGGACUGUCUUUAAUAGGAAAGCGGGACUGUUGCAGAUAUCAUUAUGA